UGCCGGAGACGCGGAGAGGAGACGACUCUGGCACAAACCACCGCACAUUCAGGGGAUACGAGGGAACAGCGAAGGGUGUCUCAACAUGCACCCUGAUACCCUCCUCACCCUGCUCGUAACUCUGCUGCUCCCUCAAGUUCAGCGAGGUUCCUCCUUGCAGGACAUCCUAACCAGCCAUGAGAACAUCGUAAAGAUCAACUCCGUAGCAGAAAUGAUGCAGUGCUCAGCAGCCAUGGACGUCCUGUUCCUCAUGGACGGCUCCUACAGCAUGGGAAGAGGCAGCUUCGAGAGGUCCAAACACUACGCAAUCAAGCUGAGUCAGGCCCUGGACAUCGGCAUGGACAAGGUGCGAGUCGGUUUGGUUCAGUUCGGCUCCAGUCCUCGGCUGGAGGUUUCCUUAGACUCGUGCUCCUCCAAACAGGAGCUGAAGAAGCACAUGCAAAAGAUUUCCUACAGAGGAGGCAGCACCCAGACGCGCCUGGCCCUCAAAUACAUCAUGAGGAAGGGUUUCCCAGGUGGCCGCAACUCCUCCAGCGUCCACCGGAUCGCCAUCCUCCUCUCCGACGGGAAGUCUCAGGGCAACGCGGUCCAGACAGCUGCUCAGCUCAAAGAGACAGGCGUGGUCUUGUUUGCUGUGGGCCUGCGAUACCCCAAGUGGGAGGAGCUUCAUGCUCUUGCUAGUGAGCCGAUGGAGAGCCAUGUCUUCUUUGCCGAGCACUUCCAUGACGCUGUCAACGGCCUGUACACCACACUGAACACCUUCUCCGUUUGCAAUGCUACACCUGCAGGCUGUCAUAUGGAGUCAUUUCCCUGUGAGAGGAAGACACUAGAGACGGAGAAACAGCUGCAGGGGAAUUUCAUGUGCUGGAAAGGCUCCAAGGGGUAUUCCCCGUACACAUCCCUCUGUCCCUACUACAGGUACACCAAGGUUUACAAGAAACACCCAACAGUCUGUCAUAGGACUAUCUGUUCAGAUCCCUGUGAUUCCCAGCCCUGUCUGAAUGGUGGCACAUGUGUAUCAGAGGCUCCAGAGAGUUACAGCUGUGUGUGUCCCCCUGGCUACGGAGGAGACCCACACUGUGCUCCUGCGUUAUCACUGGACUGCUCCGUGGACCUGCUCUUUCUCCUGGAAGGCUCUGCCACGCUCCCUUUAGAAUCCUUCCUCCGCCUCAAGUCCUUCCUGAGGCGCUCACUGCAGACUGUGAUCGGCUCCAACAGCCCCACCAAAGUCGGGCUGGCCGUCUUCGGCGGAGAGACUCGAGUCCAGGCCCAGAUUGGGAAGUUCAGAGGGGACCUGAAGGGUCUUCUCAAAGCUGUGGAUGCACUGCAGCCUCUCGGUGGUCAGACCCUCACAGGCCAGGCGCUGCGCUACGUCACCCACCAGGGCUUUGCUGACGUCACAGAUGAUCUUCCUCGCGUGGUGGUGCUCCUCGCUGACAGCCCUGCUGCUGAUGAGGUGGUGGAAGCCUCUAAAUAUGCUCGUGAUAGAGAGAUCUUUCUGAUUGGGGUUGGACCGGAUGUCUUGAAGGGGCAGCUCAAUAAUAUCACAGGAAAUCCUCAGAGGACUGUCACCUACACAUCCCCUGAUAGGCUCUCGGAGAAAAUACCCGAGCUCAAGGCCAAGAUCUGCAGUGUGGAUAUACAAGGUUGUCUGGGUCAAGCAGUCGACCUGGUCUUCACCCUGGAUGCCUCGGCCGCCGUGGGCCGGGAGAACUUCGCCACCCUGCAGGACUUUGUCCGCAGCCUCACCGUUCAGUUCGACGUCAACCGCGACGUGGCUCAGGUGGCCCUGGUGGCGUACAGCCGGAGAGCCGCCACCGUGUUCCGCCUGGACGCCCACGACACCGGCUCCGCCGUGCUCAGGGCCGUAGGCGACGCCGGCUACAUGGGCGGCGUGGCCUCCACGGGCGCGGCUUUGCUCCACGCCCACUCCAGCGUCCUGACCGUGGCGGGCGGUGCACGGCCCGGCGUGAACAAGGCCGUGGUGGUGGUGACGGACGGCUCGGGCGGGGACGACGCUGUCGUGCCGGCUCAGAAGUUAAGAGACAGCGGAGUUUCCGUUUUUGUGAUCGGCAUCGGGGAUGCGCAGAGAGAGAAACUGAUGCAGAUCGCUGGGUCGGAGGAUCACAUGAUCUCCGUGCCUUCCUACGAAGAUCUCAAGUAUUUUGAGGACGUAAUCGUGCAAUUGCUGUGUUCAGAGGCGAAGAAACCAGUAAACCUGUGCAAACCCAACCCAUGUAUGCAUGAUGGGACCUGCACCCUGUUAGGAGGGAGCUACCAGUGCCAGUGCCGAGGAUAUGAAGGGCCGCACUGUGAAACAAGAAGCAGAAAGCCUUCAUCCAGAGGGGAUCUUCCAAGGCCCAAGGGCCUGAGGAGGAAGAGCAGGCAGAGGAAGAGCCACCAGCAGCUUCUGCAUCAGUACAAAAUCCACCGUCGGAGACACACUGCCUGACAAACCUGCAAAAAUACGUAACAGGAACAACUCAUUCAUGAAUGCUACAGAACCAAGGAAUUAUUAUUGGAGCGAGGAGAAUCCUGAGGUUGUUUUGCUACUUUCAGCAAGUGCCCAGUUUGCUGCUGAAUCAGCCCUCACACCCAUAAAAACAUGGUUCUCUUGGCUGUUUCCACGAUGUGAACUGUCAUGAUUUUACAAUUGAUCUGAAUGUAAUCGCUAUAACGUUCUAUCCUUGUGCAGCAUGUGUACAUUUUCAUAUUUUUAUUCAAAAAUGCCGCUUUAUGAUGCCAGAUAUGACCCAGCCUGACGUACGAGUACAGACCAGACCAGUUUGUAAAAAAGAAGAGCAAAUUUAUACCUGGAUCAAUUUCAGGAUGACUUUCUGAUCCAGUUUUAGCAUAAAAAGAAACGUGUCAAUCAUUCAUCUUUUGUGACAGAAAAUAUUUCAAAUGACAUUUGCAGUAUUAAGCAGUUAGUUAUUUAAAAUGAUGGUCAAAGGAAUAUUUUACCACCUAAAACAUCUUAAUAAAUAUUGUAUUUUCAAUAAAAAGUCGUCUCUUGAAUAUUCUGUAAAUAAAAAAGCUAAAAUCAAUUGGAGACAUUUCCACAAACGGUUG